AUGGCAAGGUGCUCUUGGAUAAUAUUCUUCCUUCUCUCUGCCCUUUUCCUUCAGACAGAGCAGGCAGUAUUUAUAUCAGCUCAUGAUGCAAACAGUGUUAUCAAGAGACAGAGACGUGCCAGUUCCAUCCUUCUGGAGGAGGUCCUUCAAGGCAGCUUGGAAAGAGAAUGCCUAGAAGAGAGAUGUACACAUGAAGAAGCAAGAGAAGUAUUUGAGAAUGAUGAAGUGCUUAAAAUCUUUUGGGAUGUCUACUAUGGUGGCAGGAGGUGCUCCUCAAGCCCCUGCCAGCACAAUGGUGUGUGUGAGGACAGCAUCCGUGGCUACACCUGCACCUGUGCUGAGGGCUACGAGGGAGAGAACUGUGCUUUUGCUAAAAAUGAAUGUCACCACCAAGCAAAGGUAGGAUGUGACCACUUCUGCUAUCCAGGAAGGGAUUCCUACCGCUGUUCCUGUGCUGAUGGCUACGAGCUGGGGAAGGAUAAAAAACAGUGCAUUGCAUUAGAUGCAUGUGCAUGUGGCAGACUUCAAGACAGUGAUAACCUUAUAAGUGAAACCAGGAAGAAAAGUGAUGAACGAUUUCCUUGGCAGGUACUGCUGCUAAACCCAGAAGGGAAAGGCUUCUGUGGAGGAGUGCUGCUAAAAAGUAACUUCGUAUUGACCACAGCAGAGUGUGCCCUUCUGCACAGCCACUUUCAAAUCAGGGUUGGUUCUGGGCCUAAUGGAACAAGUGGAACUGGGAAGAUAAUGCAGAUUAGAGAGAAGCACAUCCACAUCCGCUAUGAUGAAGACACUGGUGAGAACAACAUUGCAUUGCUACAACUUCAAGAGCACGUUGAGUGUGACAGCUCCCACCUGCCUGUGUGCACCCCUGAGAGAGACUUUGCAGAACACGUUUUAAUUCCAAAACUGGCUGGUACAGUCAGUGGCUGGAGAAUGGAGGGUGAUGAACUCCAAGGCGAAGAGCUGCAGGUUUCAUACCUGCCUGCUGAGGACUGCAAGCAAAUCCUCAACAUCAGCCUCACAAACAGGCAGUUCUGUGGGCACCUGCAGGAGGCUGUAGACAAACACCUGGCUGGAGGAAGCUUUUUGGUUACUGAGUACAAAGGCACGUGGUUUCUGACCGGUAUCCUGGGAUCCUGGCCGCUGGAAGACACUGACUGGGAAACACUGCUUUUCACCAACACUGCAAGGUAUAUGGUAUGGGUUAAACAAAAAAUAAAGUAA